AUGCUCGCGACUCAGAGCACACAGAAGAGUUAUGCUGAUCCAAAGCGACGGGACAUUGAUUUUCAGAUGGGGGACAUGUUAUUUCUUCGAAUAUCGCCCAUGAAAGGCAUUAAGCGCUUUGGUAAGAAAGGGAAGCUUAGCCCAAGGUGCAUUGGACAUUUUGAAAUCCUUGAGAGGAUAGGGCAAGUAGCGUACAAGUUGGCUAUUCCCCCAGCGCUGCCAGCUUUGUCUUAUGAAGAACAACCGAUGCAAAUUCUAGACAAAAAGGGAGAAAGUCUUGAGAAACAAGACAAUUACAAUAGUAAAGGUAUUAUGGAGGAACAGUAA